GGUUAUUAGUGGUUAUGUCCCCUUUGAUUCAGAACUGUGAGAAAUGAAAGUUUAUUUUCUGGAUUGAUGUGAGACAUUUUGUUGCACACAGAAUAAAGAUGAAUCAACAAGAGCUAGAUGAAGUAGCUGAAAAGUUGGACAUAAAAUACAGUGUUCUGGACAAUCUUGAGGAUGGGAAGCUGACAUACACAGCCAAUAUUGUUUUCAAAAACUGUAGUUCUGUAACAUUAGAUCAUGAGAAGAAAUGGGCUAUUUAUUUCUGUCACAUAAGAAUGAUAGAACCUCCCAUUCUUCCAGAUGAAGAAGCAAUCAUUGUCGCCUCAGGGAUCAAAUUUAGACAUAUCAAUGGGUGUUUGUUUACACUUGAACCUAUCAAAACUUUCAAACCACUCGGUAAAAAUGAAACAUUAGAAGUUAUGUUCAAAGCUCAGUAUUAUUCAGUUGCAAGGUCUGACCUUAUGCCAAAUUGGUAUAUCACAUCAGAAAACCUCAAACCUAGAGUGUUGAAAUCUACUAGUCAUGAUGAUUUACAAUAUGUGCAGUCAUUUGACGAGGAGGGGAAAUGGAAACGGUUUUCAUAUAAAUUAGAUAACGGAACUUUAAGACUGGAUAAAUAUAAUCCAUGGACACCGCAGGAGAGAUUCAUUAAAAAUAAAAUUGAAGACCUGAAGAAACCUGGAAAGGAUGUAAUACCAACCCCUCUUGAAAUGGAUAUUGAUAGAGUCAAGGACGUUGAUUUGUCCUCUGGUAACUGGGUUAUAUAUGCUAAAAAGGAAGUCUCCAAAGAGGCACAUCUUCUUAAAGGUAGUGUUAAAAUAGAUUUUAAUGUGAAAGAAAUGAAUACAAAUGACAAUGCAAGAUGUGAAAAUGUGAUAACCUUGAAAUUAGGACAAGUUUUUGAUGGCCAAAAUUCUGAAGCUUAUGCCUUGACAAUCAAAGAAAAUCCUCCAUUGGUUGAAAUCAUUGGAAACAAACCCUGUGGGGUAUUCUAUGGUGUGCAAACUCUGUUAGCAUUAUUAAAAGACAACAGAAUUCCAGUAGUGAAAAUUAAAGACUAUCCACGCUAUCCUUACCGUGGGAUGCAGCUGGAUGUGUCGAGAAACUUUCACAGUAAAGCUCAGGUCUUAAAGCUUUUAGAUGUGAUGGCCAUGUAUAAGAUGAAUAAAUUCCAUUUCCAUUUAACUGACGAUGAAGGAUGGAGAAUAGAAAUUCCAGGGUUAGAGGAACUCACUUUGGUUGGAGGUAGGAGAGGUCAUGACCUUUCUGAGAGAAGUUGCAUCCUCCCAAUGCUUGGUUCAGGGCCAGAUUUUGAUACAUCAGGUACUGGAUAUUACACAGUUACGGAGUACCAGGAAAUAUUGCAGUAUGCUGUAGAUCGACAUAUUGAAGUUAUUCCAGAAAUUGAUAUGCCAGGACAUAGUCAUGCCGCCAUUAAAGCAAUGCGAGCAAGAUAUCUGAAAUACAAAGAUGAAGGGGAUUUAGAAAAAGCCAGAGAAUAUGUCUUGACAGAUUUAGAAGACUCUAAGCAUAUCUUAUCUUGUCAACUUUAUGCAGAAAAUUCCAUGAAUCCUGGACUUGAAUCAACGUACAGAUUCAUUGAAAAAGUUGUUGUAGAAGUACAAAAAAUUCAUGAGGAUGUUAGUCCGUUAAAAUUGUUCCAUUUUGGGGGUGAUGAAGUUCCAUAUGAAUCAUGGUUAGACUCCCCUGCUUGUAAAAGACUUAUUGACACAAAGGAAGUUAACAAGUUUAGUGAAUUAAUGGAAUAUUUUAUUAAAAAGGUGGCUAAGAUUGUUGCUCAGCAUGACUUACAUUUAGGAGCUUGGCAAGAUGGAGUGAUACAUGAUGAAGUACAUUUAGAACCAAUGAAAAGGGACUCUUUUCCUAAUAAGGAAGUUGUUGCCUAUGCUUGGCAUAAUGUUUGGGAGUCUGGUUUAUCAGGUUGUGCAUAUAAACUUGCAAAUGAAGGUUACAAGGUUGUGAUGGCUCAGGGUACGCACCUUUACUUUGAUCACCCACAGGAACCUGACCCAGAAGAAAGAGGUCUGUACUGGGCUGCUAGAUAUAUAGAUACAAGAAAGACAUUCAGCUUUAUGCCAGAUAAUAUUUAUGCAAAUGCUGAUUUCAAGCUUACAGGAGAUCCAAUUACAAAGAGAGAUUUAGACCACAAUGCUAAAGACCAUCAUCAAUUGAAAAAGGAAAAGAAUAUCAUUGGCAUGCAAGGACAAUUAUGGUCAGAACUUGUCAGACUUCCAGACCAAAUGGAUAGUAUGAUAUUUCCUAGAUUACUUCCUUUGGCUGAAAGAGCUUGGCACAAAUCCCAAUGGGAGAGUGAAGAAAAGCAGGACAGCAGAAAAAGACAAGAGACAGCUGAUUGGACAUUAUUUGCUAACAGCUUAGGAUAUAAAGAGCUAGAAAGAUUAGAUAAUAUGGGAGUGGCUUAUCAUAUACCACCCCCAGGUGCAAGAAUUGUAAAUGGAAAAUUAGAAAUGAAUGUGGCAUAUCCUGGACUAAAGAUGGAGUACAGCAUAGAUAAUGGUGUCACAUGGUCCUUGUAUGACAAUCCAGUAGAAGUCAAGUCUAAUGCUGAUAUAUUGUUAAGAACCAAAUCGGCCAAUGGGAUUAGAAAUAGCAGACAUGUGGUACUGAAGAUGGCAACUAAAAAGAAGGAAAAUUCAAAAAAGUAAUUGUUCAAAAUCAGAAAAAUAGCAUUUAUAACUGUUCAAUAUCAAAAUAUACAUGUACUAUAUAAAACAAUGCUUACAUAUAUCACUGUCUGACUGUUGUAUUUUUUAAAUGGUUUUAUGGCCUUUUGUUUUUGAGAAACUGAAAGAAGAAGGUAUGAAAAGAGAGGUUAUUUUGUCAGAAACUAAACAAUAUCAUGUUUUUUGUUGUCAUUCUUGUGUUUUUGGUUUUUUAUUUUACUUUAUUUUUUGAGGGAGGUUUUCAAAAUGAAUAUCUUAUUACAUUUAUAAUUUGGUAGUGUCAGUGUUUAUUUAUGUUAAGACCAACAUUUUUGUUAUUGAUUUUUAAACUAAACGAAAUUGUGUAUAAGGGAAAUGGGUAUAUAUCUAUAAUAUUAGCUACCCAUUUAAUGCUUAUUGCAUUUAAGAAGUGAACUUUAUGAGUCACAAAUAACAAGGGCUUAAUCUGUAGAUGUGUUAUGUAUUAAUAUCUAUAUCUUCUUGAAGAGAAUAUCAUGAAAAUACAUAGUGAUUUCCUACACUCUAAUUGAGGUUAAAUUAAUCAAUCAAGUAAUAUUUUGAUUUUAUUAAUAUAUGAAAGUCAAUGGUUUUAAUCGGUGCGUUACGUUUGCGCGCAUUAGCAUUACAUUUGCGCGCAGCUUUUAAUUACAAUUGCGCGCAUUUUUUGACAGGUAAACUCAGGUAAAAUACAGGUACUAUAACUUAUUUAUUUAUAAUUUGUAGCGUUCAAUUAUUUACAAGUAUAAGUACUCAUUCCGUUAGUCUUCCAUUGUAGUACCCUGCUCACCAACGAUGAGGUAGAAAUGGAAUUUCGAGCAAGAUAAGUCCACUUUAUUAUACACAAGCACUAAAUCCUAGAAAUAUACUGAAUGACUUUAAAAACGCAACAUACAUUAAUUGAUUGAUUUUUUCUUUUAACAAAUCAUGUUUGAUUUCCAUAAAACUACUAUUUAUGCUUACCAUACUUCUUUUUCUUAGAAAAUUUUAACAUCUGACUGUGUUUAUUGAACAUACCGGAUUUUUGAAGCCGAACGAAUUUCCUAAAGCGAAAUUGUGACCCUUAAAAGAUUUUUUCAUUUGGUUUUUUUUGCAUCAUGAAACAGUUCUUUCAAUUCUUGGACACACUUAAAUCAGUUUAAAAAUGUUGUAUCUCAAUAUUGCUAAGACUGAGGAAUAAAAAACUGAAUCAGCCCAUAAUAAUGCUGCAAACAGGAACAGGUGAAUGUGCUGUAAACAUACAGUUUGACUUCUGAAACUUCCGCGAACGAUACGAUAAUUUGAAUUAAUAAUAAUAAUUGAUAUUAUAAAAUUUUUUAAAAAUAGUCAAUUAUAAUUUAAUUUGAUUUUUAUUUAUAUUUUUACCUGAGUUUACCUGCAAAAUGAAUGCAUGCAAAUGUAAUCAAAAGCUGCGUGCAAACGUAAAACAUUUUAAUCCUCAAAUGUGCGCAAAUGUAGUGCGCCCGUUUUAAUAACCAUUUGUGUGUUUUGUUCUUGUAAACACAGUCAUUAAUUUUAUUAACAAUUUGCUAUUACUUUUUUGAAAUUUUUGAAAUUUUUGUCUUUAGUUGGAAUGCCUAAGAUAUACAUGAUAUAUAUUAUUUUAAUAAUCAUUUUUGCCAAAGACACAUCCAAUAGUCUCAGGUGAAGACUGACUUUUUAAGCUGGACAGGUGUAUACCAGAUUUGUCCAUUAUUAUUAUUAGAGUCAGAUUGUUGAAAAUAUGAUUUGUAUCGAAAUCAACAAUUUACUUUUGAUUUACAAAUGCUGAAUAAGUAUGCAUGAUCUAGUUUUGUUGAGUGAUAUGACAAGUAUAGUUAAAAUGAUAUUAAUUGUUACAUAGAGGGAUUUAUUUGUUUGACAGGAGUUGUUCUAUUAUUUUGAUCACAUUUAUAUCAUAAAUCAUUGGCCUUUAUUGAUUCAGCAAGAAUUGUUUUAUAAUGUGAAUAACAACAAUCUAGUGACUCUUUUUUAUAACAACAAAAUCUUAUGAGUAAAACUACUUAUAAGUCAUAAGGCCAGGAUUUUUUAAUUUGUUGGUUUACGGAUCCGCCGACCCGAUUUUGCCGAUUCCUAGAAUAAAAAUAAAAUUGACUUUUCAUGCUUUUUUAUUCCCGCUGACCCAAACAAAUACAUCAUCCCUGAAAAAUAAUUAAAUUCUUCUUUUAUUAUGAAAUGAAAUGCAUGAAUCACUAACAAAAUUGAUAACACUCUCUGUUGUGAAAAAAUAAAACUUCCAGUUUACAUUUCUAAAAAUAGACAAAUCAAUUAUAACUGACCUUGAAAUGUCGUUUACGCCAAUAAUUUUGCGGAACGAAAUCUGUUUUUAAAACUCAUUACACAAUAAGUUGGUUUCCCUUAUUUGUCAUCAGUCUGUAAGAUGCAUAAUCUCAUAGAAAUAGACUUGUCCAAAUGUGGACAGGUGGAAAGGAAAAGCACCUUGGAAGUAAAAGUUUUGACUAUCAACAAGUCAUUUAGAAUUUUCUUGUUUCUUGGAUAAUAAAAAAAAUAUUGUCCAUUUGGCUUAAAAACGGGAAUGCAUGACACUAAAUUAACCCGAUUUUCUCGUUUUUUCCGUGGACGAGUCUAUUCUGUAUCUGUAUGUUAUCUUCACCUCCUUUAUAGGAGAUCAGUGAUUUCUCACUAAGGUAAUUAAGGUCUGUUACGUUUUUGACACGUGUGUUGAAACUUAUUUUCGUACGACGUUUUUUACACAGUUUUCGUUUUUGAAGAUCAUUACUCAUCAAGUCUCACCAAGUUUUCUGGAAUUGAUUAAGAGCUACGCGAAUUUGUUUUUCUUGUUUGUGAAAAGACGAUAUAAUUUCGUCUAAAAUGUCUGUGAACACCCCCCCCUUUUUUACGGCAAAUCAUUAGACAAUGUCAUGCGAUAUUUAUGACAGCUGAGCAAAAAUAUUUCAUUGAACUUAAAUUUGAAAUGAUGACAAAAUAGCAUAAAAGACAUUUUGUUAGAAAGGUGAAAUGUAUAUUUAUUUUGCAUUUUUUUUUCUGUCUUGAAAGAUAUUUUUUUUUCUUUUUUUUCCCGACCGACCGACCCGACUUUUUCAUGGGGAAAAUCCGUAAACCAACAAAUUAAAAAACCGUGGCCUAAGCAUUUCAGUUCAACAUUUGACUCAUUUCCACCAUAAGAUUUUUUUGUGAAAAGAGUCGCAGUAUUUCAGGAGACUCGCAGCUAUAAAAUUUUCAGAAAAAAAAAUAUUUUUCAUUACAAAUUUUGAUUAUUACCUUAAGUAGUUGUUACUUUAGCAUAUGGCACAAAAAUCAUUCCAAAUAAUCAAUUCGAGUUGGCUCCAGCUGACUUUUAAAAUGUAGAUGGCAUCAAAAUAGCUCCAAAUUAUCUCCCUUUGGUGCAAAAAUGCCAUUAUGUGGCAUUAAAAUUGAAAUAUCUGUUUUAACUUAUUGAUGACCUAUAUAUUUAUUAUUUUUUUCGAAUAAGCUGUACAUAAACUAAAUAAUUGUAUAAUUUAAGCAAUUUCUGUAAUUUAGUUCUUUUUUUAUUUCGAUAUUACCGCUUUUUCUCCUAUUAGUUCAACAGAAAAAAAGGACAUUAACAAACUGUAUGCCCAUUUUGGAGGCAGAUUGUGAGCAUAAAUGAAUGGUGAACCCCUUUUUUUAUUUCAGUUUUCCAUUAAGUAUUUAAAAGACAAAGUUCAUUUAUAGAAAAAUAUAUCAAAAUUCUAUAUUAAAUGAAAAAUUUGAUUUAGACCUGCGAGCCCCCUUAAUAUAUAAAUUUCAUAAAAGAAUGUUACCUCAUUUAUUGCUGAAAUUCCUUGAGACAGGGCUAUGUUUUUGGUAUCAGAAUCAACUGUUUUUCUCAGUCAUAGUUAAAAGGAAGAAGAGGUCAUGACAUGUUUAAGUGUCAAAAUAGACUAUUUUCUCCAUGAUGGUUGAAAGGUCAGAGAGAUCAUGACAUGUUUUAAUGUCAGAAUGUUAUUAUUAUUUACAAUAUUUAUAUAGCACAUAUAUCUAAUACAAAUUACUUUCAGCUCUUAACAUAAAUACAGUGAAUGCAGUAAAUAGAGGUGUUUAACAUUUAAACCAACAGUACAAUAAGAAUAAAUUAAAAUUUUGAACAAAUAUAAAAAAAAAAAAUAAUAAAAAGGCAUCUUCUAAAAUGCAAAGAAAAAAGAAAAAGAUAAGUGUUACUGUAAGUAUAAGAAGUUGUAUAUAAGCACUGAAAAAGAGUCUUAAAUAAUGUGGUUUACAAAAUAUUUCAGAAAAAGUUUGAUGGAAUGUUCAUGUCUUAGAUACCUCAGAUUAGACUGUUCCAGAGGAUGGCAGCAGCUUUUACCUCUUUAAUAAUUUAAAGAGUAGAGAGAUAAUGAAUAUAUUUUAGUAUAAGAAUUGAGUGUGAAAAUUUAAAAAAAAUCAUGGUUGAUCGGACUUUCAUAUUGUUUAAAAACACAAAUCAGUCAACCUUUAGACAAGGUUCUAGAUAUACACUAUUAUACAAGUUAAGUGUACUAAGAUAAGUAUAUUAUACAAAUUUAUAAAUGAUUUGUGAUAAAUAAUAAUUUGCAUUGUUUUCCUUAAUGUUUUCUGCUAUUCAGUAAUGGCUCUUGAUUAAUAAAUCAUUGUCAAUUGAA